CUUAGCUCCACAGCGCGUCUACCUCAGUAGUAUGUCUUUUCGGGAAAGAUACUCCACCCCGCAAACACUGGACUCACAUCCGUUAGGUGACUCGGAUGCCGCGGGGAGCGUAGCCAAUGUGGGACGAGAGUUAUCCUCCGAUCCCGAGAUAAUCCUCAUUGGGCACAGUCGCUUUCGGAUGCAUUUAUUCACCGCGUCCACUAUAUUACACAGAACCUCUUGCUUUAGCACAAGCCGCACUCUUUAUCUGAUUGUACAUGUUCUCGGGAAGUUUCAUACACAAGAGCCGACACGAUGUUCUCUCCCGUGCUGAUACUUCUGUUGGCCAUCGCUGCAUUCUUCCUCAAAAGCCUUAUUAGAGGCGUGAGAUCGCCCUUAGCACAUAUACCAGGCCCAUGGCAUACACGGUUCACCAACAUCUCCCUUCGCAUCGCCACCAUCAAGGGCCGUAGAAUUCACCAUGUUGAGAGCCUCCACCAGAGAUAUGGACCCAUCGUUCGCUUAUCACCAACGCAGCUCGAUGUCUCUGAGCUGUCCGCCUUUUCCCAGAUUCAUCGCAUUGGCAGCCAUUUUCACAAGUCGCCGUGGUAUGAGAGUACGCAUAGGGGCAGGAAGCCGGGCAUCUUUGCCAUGCAAGAUCCGGGCCAGCAUGCGCAAAGACGACGUCUAUUUGCCAGAGCGUUUAGCUACACCAGUAUAUCCACGCAUUGGGAGGCUGUUAUUCGUGAGAAAGUUUCUCUAGCCGUCCAGCGGAUCAGGGAAUCCGCCAUCGAAGGCGGUAGAGAUCAAUCUAUGGCCACAAAUGACAUCUCGAGCAUGAAUCCCAGCCAUGGUGCUGAUGUCCUGAAGUGGUGGACGUUGAUGGCUACAGACGUCAUUGCACACCUUUCUUUUGGCGAAAGCUUCCAGAUGCUGGAGCUUGGACAGCAGACUGCAUACAUUGAUGCUCUGCAGAGUGCUAACUUGAGCAGUGUACUACGAAGUGAAGCGCCACUUGUAUGGCAUAUUGCAUAUUGGGUCCCUUUUGGCAAGCUCCACGCUAUCACACAGGCGGAAAAGGUGGUCUUGAAAUAUGGCGCCAGGGCCAUCCAGAACAUGAGACGAGAAGGUGGAGGAAUCAAGAAUCUCUUUGGCCAGAUGGAGGCAGCGGCCGAAAAGGACGAUGGAAGCAUCACAGAUGACGAGAUCGAGACUGAGGCGGGCAAUCUGAUCGUCGCAGGUAGCGAUACAACCGCAGUAACCCUCACAUAUUUGGUAUGGGCGGUCCUGAAGCAGCCUGCUCUGCAGAAGGAGCUUGAGGCUGAGGUCGCGAAGUUGAGCGACGCUCUCCGUCUGGAGGAGCUCAUCCAAAACAUGCCUCUGUUGAACAGUGUCAUGGAAGAGACGCUAAGGUUAUAUGGUGCUGCACCGGGUGCCUUGCCUAGGUCUGUACCUAAAGAAGGUGCAGUAUUUGGAGGCUACCAAAUCCCCGGAGGAGUCGAGGUUAGCACGCAGGCAUACACCAUCCACAGGCAUCCAGAUCUAUGGACUGAUCCUUUGAGUUUCAACGGCUACCGGUUCUUAGAUAAGUCCACCAUGACCUCUGCGCAGAAGACCGCAAUGCACCCUUUCGGCGCUGGCUCCAGAUCCUGCAUUGGGCUGCAUCUGGCAUGGAUGGAACUGAGGUUAGGAGCAGCCAUGUUCUUUCGAGACUGCCGAGGCGCACGACUUGCACCAUGCAUGACGGAUGAGAUGAUGGAAGUCGACAACCGCUUUUUGAUCUCGCCGAAGGGCCACUGCUGUUUCAUUGUACUGUAACAUGAAGUUGAAUGGAGUACAUGUCUACGGGUGGUAGCAAAACAAGUGUUGGAACCUCUACAGUAUCUAAAUUGGACUACCUUUUUUUCUUUUGGCACUGCU